CGUUGGCUGCUACUGAACCGUUUGGCUCUUUUCUCUACUAGCGCGCAAGCCUACAAUCUAGACCCCACUGUCCAUCAGCUCGUUUUUAAAGGGGAUUUAUCAUCAUAUGUGCCCGUGUGUCCACAACACAUCGUCAUUGGGGAUUCCAAGCACCGGAUGGCCGGGUCUGAAGGCCGUUAUAACGCUUUUUUCGAGGUUUAAUUAGAGGUAGAAAACAGCGGUGGUGGAGGAGGAGGAGAUUCCACAUUAGGAGCACAGAGGAGCAGGCACCCCCCUUGUGUGAUUUGGAGCUUUCGGUUCUGAGCUGAUGGUACAAGGCCCUGACUGAACAUAGUGGUGGUGCAUACAGACUUACUGCUGUGGCUAGCUGUGUGCGUGCUGACCUCAUGGUGUAACUGGAGUAAAGAUGAGCAUUAGCAGUGAUGAGGUCAACUUCCUGGUCUACAGAUACCUACAGGAGUCAGGGUUCUCCCACUCAGCGUUUACGUUUGGUAUAGAAAGUCACAUAAGCCAGUCAAACAUCAAUGGUGCUCUGGUUCCCCCUGCUGCCCUCAUCAGCAUCAUCCAGAAGGGCCUGCAGUACGUCGAGGCAGAAGUCAGCAUCAAUGAGGACGGCACAUUAUUUGAUGGGCGGCCCAUAGAGUCUCUGUCCCUGAUCGAUGCUGUGAUGCCUGACGUUGUUCAGACGAGGCAGCAGGCGUACCGGGACAAAAUGGCCCAGCAGCAGGCCGCCGCGUCAGCACCGGCAUCGGCCACUGGAGGCAGCAUAGCUGGCAACGCCAAGAACGGAGAGAAUACUGCCAAUGGGGAGGAGAACGGAGCCCAUACCUUAGCUAACAACCAUGCAGACCUGAUGGAGGUGGAUGGAGACGUAGAGAUCCCUCAGAACAAAGCCAUGGUCCUGAGGGGCCACGAAUCAGAGGUCUUCAUCUGUGCCUGGAACCCUGUCAGUGAUCUGCUGGCAUCGGGGUCUGGGGAUUCAACAGCUCGUAUCUGGAACCUGAGCGAGAACAGUACAAGCAGCUCCACACAGCUGGUGCUGAGACACUGCAUACGAGAGGGAGGACAGGAUGUCCCCAGCAACAAAGACGUCACCUCGCUAGACUGGAAUAGCGAGGGCACGCUGUUAGCAACAGGCUCCUAUGACGGCUUUGCCAGAAUAUGGACGAAGGAUGGAAACCUGGCCAGUACACUUGGCCAACACAAAGGUCCCAUCUUUGCGCUUAAGUGGAAUAAAAAAGGCAAUUUUAUCCUCAGUGCAGGAGUAGACAAGACUACAAUCAUUUGGGAUGCCCAUACAGGAGAAGCCAAACAACAGUUUCCCUUCCAUUCAGCUCCAGCACUAGACGUUGACUGGCAGAGCAACAACACAUUUGCCUCCUGUAGUACAGACAUGUGCAUCCACGUCUGUAAACUGGGACAGGACAGACCCAUCAAAACAUUCCAGGGACACACAAAUGAAGUAAAUGCAAUCAAGUGGGAUCCCACAGGGAACCUCCUCGCCUCCUGCUCUGAUGACAUGACGCUGAAGAUUUGGAGUAUGAAACAGGACUCAUGUGUCCACGACCUUCAGGCUCACAGUAAAGAAAUCUACACCAUUAAAUGGAGUCCAACCGGCCCUGGAACCAACAAUCCCAGCGCUAAUCUCAUGCUAGCCAGUGCAUCGUUUGACUCCACAGUGCGUCUUUGGGACGUGGAGAGGGGCAUCUGUAUCCACACGCUGACUAAACACCAGGAGCCGGUCUACAGCGUGGCUUUCAGCCCCGAUGGUCGGCAUCUGGCCAGUGGCUCCUUCGACAAAUGUGUGCACAUCUGGAAUACACAGACGGGCGCUUUAGUCCACAGUUACAGAGGGACGGGGGGAAUCUUUGAGGUUUGCUGGAAUGCAGCGGGGGACAAAGUGGGAGCCAGCGCGUCGGACGGAUCUGUGUGUGUGCUAGACCUUCGGAAAUAGUACUGCUGUUUGUUGGAAGCCAUGGACCGACCAUGAAUGUGUACAUAGCCAAAUGACUGUCCCUGCCUGCCCUGCGUACUGCUCACGCUUACGGCCCCGCCCACCGACAGACAGGAAGCAGGAAACAGGAACAGGAAGCAAGCACCCGACACAGCAGGUCCAGACACAGGGAGGAACAGAAGGACAGACAGACAGACGGACUGAUAAACGGGCAGAUGGAGGCGCCCCUCUCUAUCUGUGCAGACUCUUACAGAGAUGCAGAAGGGACGCAGCGGAAAAAAAGACAAAAAAAACUCAUAGACAAAAAAAAAAAGUUACAGAUCCGUAUAUGUACCAAAAUUUGGAAGCUAAUUUUCUUUUUUGAUCUUUAAACCAUGCUCAUCGUCCUCGAAAUGAAAAACAAUGAAAAAAGUGUUGAUCUUUGUUACUAGUUGGAUCUCAUUGUGCAGACAUAUCAACUCCUCCACCAUAAUAUAGGAUGGCACUUAGUUUUUUUAAAUUUCAGAUCUCUUGUUUCAAUGUUUUUAUAUUUUUUAUCUUUGGGGGAGGGGCAGGGGGCUGGCGCAGGUCAGAGUUUGAUCCAUUGGAGAAGAAAAUACAAAGAAACACGCUCAGACAUGCAACCCCAAA